UGAAAAAGGGGGGCAAAAACUAGCAGGGUGUAUGUGUUCAAGCUAGUCCUUGUAGACUUGUUUUUCUGGCAGUUGUUGUAGUUUCUUCCCUCCGGUGAUCAAGUUGUAAAUGGUGUAUUGAUUUGGAGGCAGUCGUCGGAGCGGGGGGGCGAUGAAGUGGUUUUGUAUUUUUAAACAGCUCCCGGAUAUGUGGGUGUGAACUCGUGCCGUGCUGUGGGGUUUAUCCCCAUUCGGCUCGUGGAUCGUUUGGACCCUCGCCCACUCUCCCUGAAGGAGCUGACUUUUUUUAAGUUAAGGGUAUUUGAAGUUCAGAACCAUUGAUUAGAGUGAGAUCUCAGUUUGGUUACCAUUGGAGGUGAUGCACGACGUUUGUGUGAGUUCACCAUAGUCUUAAUAAGGGACACUUACCCCUAGAAUUGUGUUGUUUUUUUCCUAAAAGUAAUUUUAAAGCUUGUGUUUCAGAGCAGGAAAGUGUGACUUUUUCAUGUUUUCCUUCUGUGUAAAUUUGGUUCAGAUUGUGAGGAGAAUAUUGUUUGUCUUAGAUGGAUAAAGAUUGUAUUGCCAAAGUGUAGGACACCUUUUGUUUUGCUGCCCUAAAUUAUUGUAGAUGUGGGGAGAUCACAUUCAAUUAUUUUAAGUUGAUGAUGCUUUCAUCUGAGGCCACACCAGAGGCCCCCCAUUCCCCAUCUAAUGAUUCCAGAUCCACGGAUCCAACCCCAACCACUUGUACCUCCGAGUGCCCUUUUACAGAGCCAGGGCUGAAUUUCACUAACUCUGAUCUUAGCCUCGUUGACAUGAGUGAGGUCGAAUACACCCAACUACAGCACAUCCUUUACUCUCACAUGGAGUCCCAGCCAGUGGAGGGUGAACUGGAGACUCGUUUGAAUCCUACUUUGUACCAGUCUACCAAUUCUACCAACCAGGCUCCAUUUCCGACAACCAGCUCAGUUAACCAAGUUCCUUACUCAACAGCCAGCUCUGCCAACCAGAAUCUGUACCCAGUUACAAGUACUACGAACCCAACCUCAGAUUCUCACUAUGUGGGUAACAGUCAAUGUCUAGGACACAUUGAUUUCCAAGAGUUAAAAAUGAUGCUUUUGAAUGACCCUCCAUUACCUGUAAACAGCAGUAAUAGUUUGCCAAAUGUGGAGAAAUUCUCACAAAAUUCUUCUGCAGAAACUACCCGACCUAAUGGAUUAACACUGAAAAAUAGGGACAUGGCAGGUAAUUCAGACAAGGAGAAAAAUUUAGGGGAUAAUUCAAUGGCAGGUCAAGAGUCAAGAUGUAAAACUGGACCCAGAGUUCGUCUUGAAGACAGAUUUAAUGCAGUCCAAAAUGAAAACCAGGAUCGACAGGAGCUACAGGAUUCUGGAGUUACGUUUAACAAUUUGGUUGCUUUGAUCCGGCAUCCCUCGGAGUUGAUGGGGAUACCUCUCCAUCCACAACAAAACAAAUGUACUACUUUAGUCAAGAGCAAGGCUGGAACUCCUUCUGCUUUGCAGUUUGCAUACCCUUUAUAUACACCAAAUACAUGUACACCAACUGGCAGUACUAGCUCUAGUCAAAGUCAGGGUGCAGGAACUCAAGCACAUGUUCUAGAAUCUGCCAGCCCUCAGGAGCUUGCCCUGCCAAGGGCAUUCUCUUUAUGUUUCCAGCAGGAACUCCAAUCUGCCAGACAGGCACUGAGUAAUUGCAACAGAAGCAAACCUUUACCUGAGCAAGUCUGGAUUAAGGUAGAAGAUGAAACUGUACGCAAGCAGGUAACAAACAAACGUUGUCGCAGUCGCUCACGGCAAGCUAGCAUAGAAUCAGACCACAAAGUUCUUAGCGAUCUCACUAACAUGUCAGAAAACCAAAACUCAAAUGUUGCUCAAGGUGCGCAAUGGCAGCCAGCACAUCCAACUCCCCCUGGCCCUACACAUGGCAACCAACAGGAACUAAACUGCCAGCGAAGAGAGAGACAUAACCGAAUGGAGAGAGACCGCAGGCGUAGAAUACGUAUUUGCUGUGAUGAGCUGAAUUAUCUUGUUCCAUUCUGCAAUUCUGAGACUGAUAAAGCCACAACGUUACAAUGGACCACUGCCUUUCUCAAAUAUAUUCAGGAAAAACACGGUGAUACAUUAAAAAAGGAAUUUGAGAGCGUUUUCUGUGGAAAAACUGGCAGACGGCUGAAGCAACCAAGAAUAGAAGCACCAGUAGAUCACUUAGUAACUACCAGUUUACACAAUCAUGGUGUAAUGGAAGGUAAAUGA